GCUAGGUAGUGAGAUAUAUUCAUUGCUGUAUAGGUUGGGUGAAGAAUAGGCAUCAAUAGGCGUUUAGUGUAGUCAUCAUUGACAGUUGUGUUGACAGUAAUGUUAUUAUUUAAAUAUGAGAUCUAUCCAGGUCUAUCAGCAUAAUGUAUUUUACAUUUUACAUGUAUAAAAUAACUUAGCAGUGAAUAUUAGAAUAUUAUUGCACUUUUUAAAGGGAAAUAAACGAGAUACAUAAUCAGCGUGUAUAUUAUAAAAUAGAUUAUCUAUGCAGAAUUGACUUGCUAUGCAUAAGCUGAGCAAAACACCCUCUUGAAGAUAUAGCCUGAGAUCGUUUAUCAUAUUGACAAAAUGAUAUUUCAAAGAUUUGUGCAUUUCAUAAGCAAUAGAAGAAUUGCACAGAAGGCAAUUGCCUACAGUGUUAACAAAAGUUCACGUCAGUUUUGUACUAUAGAAAAUUGGCCAAAAAGGCUAUUCCUGAUUUCACAAUUUAGUGCUAUGAGUAUUUGGGGACUCAUUAAGAAAGAUCCGAAUGAAAACACUAUAAUAACAGCGAAAGAGGUACUUUUAGCAAAAGCAGAUGCCUUGUUUGAUCAAGGAGAAUAUAAUAAAAUUUAUGAACUGUUAAAUAAUUACAGAGAUAAUAGAGAUGUUGAGAUUUUGUGGCGAUUAUCUCGAGCACUUUAUAAAAUGUCCAAGACAGCCAGCGAAGUCGAAGCCAAGAAAAUGAUUUACGAAAGUUAUGAUUUAAUUUCAACAGCUCUUAGUAUUCAAGAAGACCAUUAUGCUGUACAUAAAUGGAUGUCUGUUCUUUUGGAUAGUAAAAGUAAUUAUGAAGGCAUGAAAGCUAGAAUAGGACAAUUAUACAAUGUCAAAUCGCAUAUGUUAAGAGCAUUGGAAUUAAAUCCAACGGAUGCUACUACUCUGCAUAUGCUUGGAUGUUGGUGUUAUCAUAUAGCUGAUCUAGCCUGGUAUCAAAGAAAAAUUGCAGCAGUUAUUUUUGGAGAACCACCAUCAUGCACAUACGAAGAAGCCCUAGAAUAUUUUGAAAAAGCGGAGAAAGAAGACCCAAUGUUCUAUAUCGAUAAUCUUUUAUUCCUUGGAAAAACAUAUUUAAAACUGAACAGAAAAGAGGAGGCACUAAAGUACCUGAUAAUGGCAUCUGAAUAUCCAGUCAAAAAUGAUUAUGAUCACAAUGCUAAGCAAGAGGCAUUAAAACUUCUUGCUAAAAUGUAAUAAAAUUAAAUCUACAUGGUUCACGAGCUUACGGAACCUUUUAUUAUCGUAUCACUAAUAUGCUAGACAGUGAGUAUAAGGUACAGUAUUUUCACGUAAAAAUACGAUUCCUUACUAGGUCGUUAAAUGUUAUUUCCUUUUUGGAGGUUCUUGAUAUAUGUGUAACGUGAUUUAUCUUAGAUGGCAGUUAAUAAUAACUAUAAGCGGUGCACUUAUAGCAAUCACAUGGUAGAAGUAAGGCCAUAAAAAUGGUCCUGAGUAUGUUAGGUCACACCUAUCAAAAAUACGUUGACAGUGCAUUUAAAAUAUUUUUAAGCUAACAAUUUAAUGAUCAAUGCCUUCACUUUCUAUUGUGCUUUUUUGUUUAUUCUGCUUGUGCUCUUGUCUCAAUGGUACUGCUCGUACGUUAUUUGAUCGUUCUUCGUUACGAGGACGCAGACGUACUCAUCUACUUGCCUCAACUAAAUUUUCUUCAGGUCGCCUUAGAUUCGAGAACAGUAUAUAAAAUAUUUCAAAAUUGAACCAGUCUCGAAUAAAAAAUUCUUCUGGAGGUACACACAUGUUUCCUAUUUGUAUAAAACAAAUACUUCCAACUAAUUAUUACAUUCAUACGUGGAAUAUAGGAAAUCACAAUGCUAAUGGUUUUCCUCAUAUUUGAAAUAAAUAUAUAUUCUGUGACUUAGCAAUACCUGCUAUAUGUAAUAAAUUCGAUAGGAUAAUUACGAAAACCGUAAGUUCAGUAGUUGAUACCGAUUAAGAAUUUCAAGAAAAAAAAAUGUUCAAUUUAUUUGCUGGUUUUGUUGAUGUACUUAUCAUGGAACAUACCUUUAUUGUCUUUGCUGCUUCACUCACAAACAACUAACUGACGUUAAGACAACCCUUUCUUGUUUUACAUAACGAAGGUCUAAACGUAAAUGUCCCAAGCAUUUAUACAUAACUAAAAAUCCAGCCCCGAUUAGUUUUAUACAAUACGAGCCCCAAUAACUUAAGUCAUUCCAAUAAAUCAAGAAAUUCGAUAAAGCUCUGCGAUACGUUCUGAAUGACCACUCGGGCCACUGUUCUUUUUCUUAUGUCAGUAGCAGAAUAAAGGGUAGUAGAGGACUUCGAACGAUAUCAAUUGUUAGCAAACAAAAGGGUUCCCCUUAGAAAAAUUGUUCAGUGGUAACAAUAUUUUGCCAAAGGUAAUGAAUGGUUUUUCAUUGAUUUACCACACAUUACCAUUGACAAAAUAAGACAUUUGAAUUGAUAUGAUCGGCUUCAUGUAACGCACUACACUUUACUGUGCGUUAACUCUGAAAUGCGUAUGCAACCAUAGAUAUCGUGAAAACGGACUGAUACUGAUGAACAGAGAGUACCAUUUAGAAAAGACCAUUCAUACCACUCUUUCCUUUUAAACCCCUAAUGCGAGAAGGGAGGGUUUUCGAAGCAGUAGAAGCAACUAGGAACCUUAUGCAGGUAGUAGGAACUUAACUAAUUCCCAGUUCCAACUUUUUAACUUUCGGGAGCGUGUACUUUAUACUUGUUCAGCCUGUCAGUUUCGAUGUGCCACCUUUUUAUGAGUUGCAAUACAUCAAAAACCUCUGAAUCCGGAAUUGUUAUCCAGCAGUCACCGUAAAUAAUUUUAAAUAACUAUAUUAUAUCUGCGGUUAUUAGUUUCGGUUGUGUUAUGAAUUAUAAAAGGCAGCAAAACAAUCUAUUUAACUAUUUAAGAAAUAUAAAGUAAGCGUCCGAAACGAUGAAUUCAUAACACAGGGCUAAGGUAUAUACUGCACAAUCCUCUGUAAUGAAAUAUGAGUCAUGAAAGAAAAUGUCAUUGGCACUCGUCGCUUGGGGAAACCUGGGUAAAGUUUUAAACAUAAGAGACCAACGUUUGUUUUUUAAAGGGUUAUUCAUAUAUGUUAAAAAUAUUUGAAAUAGUUUAUAAAAUUAAUUUUUUUACCAAGUUUAUAUGAAUUUAUAUUUUAUACAGAUCUUAUAUUUCAUGAACGAUGUUUUAAAUAUAUUAUUAAAGAGCA